AUGUCCACAAAUUCGCUUCCAUGGUGGCUUUUGGCGCCGGCAGCGAUCAUUGUAGUGGGCUACUUGGUCUAUCAAGCUGUCAUGCCAACCCCACUACCUGGCAUUCCAUACAAGAUAAUCAGCGCGAGCAGACUACUUGGAGAUCUUCCAGAUAUGCUCAGAUACCUAGCCAAAACCAAACAGACUGUCUCAUUUUUCGCUAGCCACUGUGUCGAGCUGAAUUCCCCGGUUACGCAGAUAUUCAUCCGACCGUUCAGCAAGCCUUGGGUAAUCAUUACAGAUAGUCGCGAAGCACAGGACAUUCUGACCCGCCGCACUCGGGAGUUCGAUCGAGGCGAGAUUUUUGGCCACCCGUUUAGGAUCGUGGUACCCCACGCGGGAGCUGGACACCGCACUACGAGCCAUUGGCGAGAAAGUAGACGACUGAUGGCAGACACGAUGUCUCCUGGUUUUCUACGGAAUGUGGCAGGUCCACACAACCACUCUGAUGUAAGAUCCCUUAUACAGCUGUGGAAAGCGAAGGGAGCUGCUGCUGAGGGUCGACCUUUCGACAUAGCCUCAGACCUGGAGGAGGUUAUGAAUGACAGCAUCUUCGCCGUUUCAUUUGGUGUCUCUCGUGGUGGUAUAGACGCCAAACUGGAAGCACUAUCCUCCCCGCCUAUGAAAGAGAUCAUAUACGACCACGAAGUCAUUGUCUUCCCACCAACCAAACGUUCUGCUGUGUAUGAAGACAUCGGAAAAGUCUUGGGUAGCCCGGAGAUUGCACUGAAGUCUCCCUUUGGUGCGUGGCAUCUCGCAUUUGCACUAAGAUUUUACCCCAAACUUCGACAAGCUGUCAAGCGCAAGGACCGCUUCAUACAGCAGAUGCUUGACGAGGCAUGGGAAAAGUUCAACCGACCUACAAGCUCUGAGACCGAUGUCAAAUCGGCGGCCGAAUUCUUGAUUGCUCGCGAAGUUGCACAGUCCAGGAAAAGUGGUAGGAAGACACAAUAUGAUAGUCCGAUGGUGAAGGACGAGCUCUUCCUGUUCCUGUUCGCCGGCUUCGACACAGGACCUACAACAGUAAAAUGGGGCUUUAAAUUUUUGACUAGACAUCAAGAAGUCCAAGCUAAGCUAAGAGAUGCCCUGCGUGAAUCUUUGAAGGAUGUUUGUGCGCAAGGUGAGCUGCCAACACUCGAUGCUAUACACAAUACCAAGAUACCUUAUCUGGAUGCAUUUUUGGAGGAGAUGACACGAUUGUCUCAUACCUCUUUGUCGAAUGGGCGGAUCACUACACAAGAUGUUGAAGUCCUGGGAUAUCAUAUCCCGAAAGGUAUUGAGGUAUGGUUAAUGAAUGUCGGACCAAGUCAGACGGCUCCCCCCUUCGACAUCCCAGACAGUAGGCGCAGAAGCGGUAACAAGUCAGAAACACCGAAGUCGCCGUGGACUGAAGCUUGGGACCCGCAUAGCCUAGCCGAAUUCAUGCCUGAGAGGUGGCUUCGCACGAAUGAAGACGGUACUUCUAUGUUCGACCCACAAGCAGGUCCAAAUCAUGCCUUUGGGGUUGGUCCGAGAGGAUGCUUCGGCCGAAAACUCGCCAUGCAUACUAUGAAGACACUUUUUGUGCUUGUACUCUGGGACUUCGAGCUACUACCACUGCCUACCGAGUUAGAUUCCUUUGCGCCGAUAGACUUGCUCACACAUCAGCCGCUGAUGAAUUACGUUCGUCUAAAAUCACAUCCAAUAGGAUAA